AUGGGCAACCGGUUAGCUUGUUGUCGCCAAACAUGGAUAGAAUUUCGUGAUGAAGGUGAAGAAGAUUGCAAGGAUCACUCAUUACCUCGAGUUUUUGGUCACCAGAAUAAUGGUGCUGAUUUUUCCGAAGAGGAUAAUGGAUUAAAAGUUGAAAAUCGUGAAUCCUGGGUCAGUUGUACACUUAUUAGUGUACCUGAGAAACCUUCCGUUGCAUAUAAUUUAACACAACACAUAAGUGAGCGGGAACCAGAAGAUGUUGAGUUUGACCCAUCACUUAAUGCCUCACAACAUACACUGUUUCUUUCCGGCAUUACACCUAAAUCUCAGAUAGUAGAAUUUUCCAGGGACCUGACGCCCAAGUCUAGGAAAGAGGCUCCUACAGCCUUUUCUAUUAAACGGUGGAGUUCUUGCAGUACUAUAUAUGUUGGAGAUGGCUAUCUGGCUCGUCCUGAUGUGAAUGAUAUUGUAUGGAGUGUGUCAGUGGCUAUUCAACUUCUUAUGUGCAGUGAUCUCAACAAACACUUUUCAAAUCUGUUACAUAAACCGGGUGUAAAUUCAUAUCCCGACUUCCUGCAGGAUAUGUAUGAAGAAGUGUAUAAAAAUUUCGAUGAACGAGUCUACCCCAUUGAGCACCUCGUGCAUGAUGGAGAUGCAAAUACCAGCACUAUAAGUGAUUGGAAAUCUUCAACAGCCUAUAAUAUCCGACAGUUUCUGCGUCGUCUUUUCAGUACAGCCCUAUUGGGACCCGAAUGUGCUAUUGUAGCCCUUAUAUUUCUUGAACGGCUAAUACUUGGAGCCGAAGUGGCUAUGACAUCAUGGACAUGGCGUCGUCAACUUUUAGCUUGUGUUCUUCUUGCUAGCAAAGUUUUAGAUGAUCAGGCUGUUUGGAAUAUUGAUUAUUGCCAAAUUCUCAGGGAUAUUCAUGUUGAGGAUUUGAAUGCUUUGGAGCGACAUACAUUAAGACUGUUACAGUUUAAUAUCAAUGUACCAUUUGGAGUAUAUGCCAGAUAUUAUUUCGACUUGUUAACCGUUGGGGAGAGUGCUGGAGUCGCAAAUCAAGCUGUUAAACGCAAACGCUUAACUCCUGAAAGAGCACGCAACUUCCGGAUUUUACCUACUAAUUUGGAAAUAUGUACAUCGGACAAAACAUUAUUAAAUAGAGGAUUUCUUUUUGACUUACCCUCUUUCACAAAAUCAGAAGUAUUGUGCAAUGAAAAAGAAAGAAAAGAGCAUAUUAUUCAGAAAUCAACGGAAGUUAAGUGUUACAAAGACGGUAAUCAUCAGAAAAAGUUCAUUAAAACUCCUUUUUUAAGUCGAAAUCAGGCAACUAACCAUCAAAUUAACUUGUCUAACCCAAAGUUUGAUCUUAUGCCUGAUCAUGUAACAGUUUCUGUUGAUAUGAAUUAUCAGUCUUCCAAUAAUGUAAUUUCCGAUGAAUCGUUGGUCCCAAUCCACCUGGAUGAAGAAACUGAUUUUGUAAAUUCUACUCCCCCGACUUUUCCAAAAUUAAAAGAUUUUACUUAUCAGUCGAAACAGUCAAAGACAAAGUACUCCUUCAAAAAUCAAGAGCCUUCUAACCAAUUUCAUCCCUUAUUAUCAUCAUUGAAUUAUCAAAAAGAGACAGUUCCUUGCACGAAGUUUUUUAUCAACUCCUCCUGUAAGCCUAUCCAAACGUCAGCUUGUGUUCGGAAUUUUAAUCCACCGUGUUCCUUAAAUGAAGCACCAGGUGUAGAUCCCAAUAACUUUGUGAGUUGCGUUGGUUGUCCCCGCGAUUACCAUUUUUCGUCCAAAAUGAGUGAACUGGAUCAGCUACGGCAAGAAAGUGAACAACUCAAAAAUAUGAUCAGGGAGGCCCGCAAAGCUGCAGCUGAUGCUACGCUACUUCAAGCAUCUAGUAACGUGGAGCCGGUAGGACGAAUUCAGUUGCGUACUCGUCGUACUUUACGGGGUCAUUUGGCUAAAAUUUAUGCUAUGCAUUGGAGCACUGAUUCGCGCAAUCUUGUAUCUGCUUCACAAGAUGGAAAACUUAUAGUCUGGGAUGGGUAUACUACUAAUAAGGUUCAUGCCAUUCCUCUAAGAAGUAGCUGGGUCAUGACAUGUGCCUAUGCGCCUUCCGGUAAUUAUGUCGCAUGCGGUGGUUUGGACAACAUUUGUUCCAUUUACAAUCUUAAAACACGCGAAGGCAAUGUGCGUGUUAGCCGUGAGCUUCCAGGACAUACAGGAUAUCUGUCAUGUUGUCGUUUUCUUGAUGACAGUCAAAUUGUAACAAGUUCUGGUGAUGUGACUUGUGGACUCUGGGAUAUUGAAACUGGCCAACAAGUUGCUACUUUCACAGGUCAUACAGGCGAUGUAAUGAGUCUUAGUUUGGCACCUGAUCUACGGACAUUUGUUUCAGGAGCUUGUGACGCAUCGGCAAAACUAUGGGAUAUACGUGAUGGUCAAUGUAAACAAACGUUCACUGGACAUGAAUCAGAUAUCAAUGCAAUUAUAUUCUUUCCGAGUGGUUUGGCUUUUGCAACUGGUAGCGAUGAUGCAACCUGUCGAUUUUUUGAUAUUAGAGCUGACCAAGAAAUUGGAAUGUUUAGUCAUGAUAAUAUUAUUUGUGGAAUAACAAGUGUUGCUUUCAGUAAAAGUGGACGAUUACUACUUGGUGGAUAUGACGAUUUCAAUUGUAAUAUAUGGGAUACACUUAAACAAGAACGUGCUGGUAUAUUGGCUGGACAUGAUAACCGUGUUAGUUGUUUAGGCGUGUCCGAGGAUGGUAUGGCAGUAUGCACAGGAUCAUGGGAUAGUUUUUUGCGAAUAUGGAACUGAUAGAAAAACAAAAGAAGGAAUUCGAAUCAUUUGUUUAAAUGUGUGAAUCUCUGCACUGUCAGUUUUUUUCUCUUGGUUGCCGAUAUUGUUGUUUCGUUUUUUGGUCAACAAAAAUAAAUCAAAUAAAUAAACAAACAUAGGAUUGCAAUCAAUCUAGUAAUGCAAACAAAUUGUUUUCUUUUUUUAUCACUGAUUGUUCCUUCUGUCUCUCCCAGUUUUCACUUUUUUGUUUCUCACACACUAGAAACACAAUCGCAAUUGACUUAUUAUUAAUGAGAUAGUCUGUCAGAAGUUUAUUUUUCCGUUCCUUUUUUUGUUUCUUCUUUUACUGCUUUGAGUUUCACACUGCGUAAUGAAUGAGCUAUGUGUGUUUGUGUAUGUGUUUUCUAGCAAAGUAAGCUAUCAAAUCCUCUUGUUAUCUGAGUUUUUCUCAAUUCAAGUGUUUUUCUUUUGGUCAGCUUUUUCAAAAGAUAGUUUACAAUGUUGUAAGUCAAUCAGUCAUUUGUUUAUUUUUUUCUCCUACUACUCCUGUUUUCUAGAGUAUACUUUUUAUUCAAUAUGUACAAGGCAUAAAAUGUAUUGAGGUUGUUGUCAAAAGAAGACUUAACUUGUCUUAGUGCGUGUAUGUGUAAUUCCUUUAUAAUAUUUUAUGCUUGAUUUCUAUUCGCUCUAGCCUCUCUUGCAUUUACUUCAUAAUAUAGAAGAGAUCUCUGUAAUUUUUUUUAUCUAUAUGUUUAUUCGCUUAUGUGCUAACUUAAAGGCAUAACUAAUGUAUGCACUUAAGCGUUAUACAUAUGAAUAUAUAUUUACGUAUUUUUCUCUUGCGAAUUACUAGAGAUUUUUCAGUAUCUGUUCGCUUUCAUAAUCAUUUUUUCGGUUUGCCUUGAAUUAUACAACCUCUUGGAUCUUGUACCUAGAGCGUUUGUAUGUGGUACGAACACACACUGUUUUCAGCAUUAUUCUCUCUCAACUAGUCGCUUUAUAAUUCCUGUAAUCAUUUCCUUUACAGUUAUAGUCGUUAAUUUGUAAAAUUUAACAUAAUUGUUCAUUUCUGGGCUGUUGUAUUCAUUUUUCUCUAUUUGGUGCAUUUCUUAUAAGUUUGCUUUGUGUUUUACAACAACUAUUGCUGCUAUGAACACUACUACUACCAAGUCUGUCUAUUUGUUUACGACUCAAUCCACUAAUGAAUAAUGUGACUUUGCUAGAAUAAAAAUAAAGAAGACUGUUAAUUGUGUUUAAAUGCCCGGUUAAAUUAAAAAUAAGAAAUCUAUUGUGUAUUUACAGUAUAUAAAGUAGAGUAUAUUUUAUUUCAGAGAAAACUCCGGGUUAUUGAAUAGUGCUAAAAAAGCAGUGAUGAUUAUAUAACAAAAAGAAGUUUGUAAUCCAUUAAAUUCUUCAUUAAAAACAAAACGUUAGUUGUAUUCUUUUUGUUAUAUUAAUACUAAUUUCUGUUUAACUUUGAGAAUGUAUUGUUUUACCUUUGUUUUCUAUAGUUCUUGUGUGUUGUUCCCCAUGAUCUAUGUAACAGAGGGCGUUCGUUGUGUACUUAUAAACAGAACUCUUUUUUGACCUGAUCUUCAACCUUCUUUCCAAUACUUAGAGGUUUUUUUCAAUUUGGGUUUUUUUUCCUUCUGUUGCACACUACGUUAGUCACUUCAUUCUUUUAUAGUAUGGUAACAAACUGGACUGCUUUUCCGGACAAAAUUCAUUGAUACCUUUAACAACAACAAACUUAAUGCAUUUCACAACACUUUUUAUUUUAGGCUUCUUAAGACGGAUCGACUAUAGUGUUUUUCUUUACUCACCGAGUUGAGUUUUGUGUUUUCUGAUCAUUGAUAAUUGGUGGGCAAGUUAUUAUCUGCCAAUUUAUUUUUUUCUGUAUGUGUAAGACAAAACAAAAUCCUAUCAACCUGAGGUUGUUUUGUUUUGCAAUGCAUCAGGUUUUCGCAUAAUUACUCACAUGUGUAACAUUUUACAGAAUUACACGUAAAAAAUUGAGACUAAUUCAAUUGAAAAAAAACAAUUUAGAACUUGUGAUUUUAUCUUUUGUUCUUUGUCGUAUUUCACUAUGAAGUGUUUUAUGCUUAUGUUGGCAAUAAUAAUGUUUGCAAACAUCAUUAGUAAUACAAGUGAUGUAGAACAAAUUACUUUUGUUAAUGCUUUUCACAUAAUACUGCUUCAUGAUACUGUAGAAAAUAUGGGAAGUAAUUGGUCAGGUGAAAUAUCAUUGCGAGUUAGAUGUGAAAAAGUAGAAAACCAUGUUAAUACCACGAUUGGUUUUCAUCUAACAAAAUAGUGUCAAACGAGGAUAGGGAGAAGGAUUUUGAAACAAUAAGGAAGAAUCAUAACUCAGUGGGGAGUUUAUUGUUUGUAAAUUGUUUUUCUUUAAUAUAGAUCAUCUCAUUAAUUUUCUAUGCGACGUUACUAAUAGUAAAAAUCUAUCGGAAUUUCCCCAUAUGAUGAUAAUAGCUUGUCCUGUCGGUAUGAAAUGUAGUUAGCUGCUGC